AUGGCGAAAGUUGAACAAGAAAUCAAAUGCAAGCAUCUAUUAUACUGGUCGGGAAAACACGGAAUCGAACUUUCCAACAGCUGGGACAUGUCCGCGGAUGGGCAAAAAAAGCUGGAAAAUACACCGUAUUCACAAAUGGCGGACACGCGGGAAAAAACUGCGGCCUAGUCAUGAAAGCGAGGCGUUGGAGGGUAAAAAAAAAUCGCAAAUGAAGACUUUCAGUGAACUUGCAGAGUGUCUAGCACGGAUUCCACCUAAAAUAACUUUGUAUGGACGUCUUUUUAAAUACAAUGACGUGGAACGUCUUCUGCUUUUAAUGUUUAGUACUGAUUUGCUGUUUGCAAUCACAAGGGACGCGUAUAUCUUCAAGGAAACAGGAUGAUUUUGUAGGUUGCCGAAGCCUCAGAAGCUCGACAAGUGGGUGAUGGCUGGAGAAAAGAGGCAAACAUGUUGGCCCAAACUUCACGCUGAAACCGAAUACGAAAGCCAGCUCACUGCAAUUCUGUAAAACAGAAGUAAAAAAAGAUAUUGGUGGCAAGAAAAAAAGAAAAAAGCGACGGAUAGAUGGCCUACUUGUCAACGGAAGAGACCUCCGCCAUUACUCAAAACUGGUCAAGUCGAGAGCGGGUGAAAGAUUCAUUCACGAGACUCAUUCAUUCAUGUCAGUGUCAUUUUACACAUAUCUAUGUAUGUCUGUAUUUACAACUUCCUUUGGAUGAUAUCAAUUCCGUCACUUUGGAGUGAAUUGUUAGAGGUACGUUGGCAGAGCUUAGCAAAUUCAGUGCAAAUCUAAAAUCUUAUGAUUUCUUUGCAUUGCGAAAUAAAAUAAUUUUAUCAAAACUAGAAGCUCUAGUGUGUGAAUCUUAUGGCUUGCUAUUUGCCUGGUUUCCUUUACGGCAUUAUCUCAGAGAGCUCUUUGUAAAAAAGUGGUAUAAAGCUCACAUUUUACCAGGUUAAACUUUUAAGGCAAUGUUUGUGUCAGGACUGAACACGGCAAUUAAGCUUCUGUUUCGAAUCAUUAAAUGUGAGUCUGGAUCCGUUUAAGAAGACCAUCAUUUUACUUAUUUAUGUAUUCUUCCCUUUUUAAACAUUAUGGAACAUGAAGUUAAAACUCAUAACAGCCAAAGAUAAGAAAUAGGAAAAUUACUCGCUGAAAUGAAAUUUGGCCGGCUUACCGAGUCUGCCGAGUGACAAGUCGAAAUUUUGAGCGUACUCCACUCGAUCGCUCCUGCAUUUAGACCAAAAAGAUAAUUCUAAUUGAUGUCCUUCAUCGAUAAAGACCAGAGAAUAGCGUCCUGGCAAAUAAACAUCAAACAUAACUUCAUCGAAACCUAAGUCACCGCUUCUUUCCUGUCUUCCUUUUUUCCAUCUCGAUUUGAACUGUUUUGUUCAAUGGCACACGUCUUUUGCGUUAACAAGUAGGCCAUAUAUCCAUCGCUUAUUUCUUUUUUUCUUGCCCCCAAGAUUUGCAUUGUUUAUAUUUCUGUUUUACCGAAUUGCAGUGAGCUGGCUUUCGAACUCGGUUUCAAUGUGAAGUUUGGGCCAACAUGUUUGCCGCUUUUCUCCAGCCAUCGCCCACUUGUCUAGCUUCUGAUGCUUCGGAAACCUACAAAAUCAUCUUGUUUCCUUGAAGAUAUACGCAUCCCUUUUGAUUGCAAACAGCAAAUCAAUACUAAACAUUAAAAGCAGAAGACAUCCCACGUAAUUGUAUUUUAAAAGACGUCCGUACAAAGUUAUUUUAGGUGGAAUCCGUGCUAAACACUCUGCAAGUUCACUGAAAGUCUUCAUUUGCAGUUUUUGUUUACCCUCCAACGCCUCGCUUUCAUGACUAGGCACCAGUUUUUUCCCGCGUGUCCGCCAUUUGUGAAUACGGUGUAUUACUGGAUGAGAUUCGAACAUUUUGUCAAGCCACACUCAAAUGAGUUAAUAGCAAUGUAGGAGAUUCACAACCACCGACAAGGUACCCUCUCUCUGGAAGAAUUUAUUGCGAAAUUGAGAAUCCGUGCGAAGGAAGCCUACUAUACGAUACAGCACAAUGAUCCAUUCAUGAGAGAUUUCCCUGUGCUAGGAAUGAACUCUGACCUUUUGCGAAAGGACUGCUUCAAAGUAGGAAAUGCUUUCACCUUCAAGGAAGUUCGUGAUAUGGCAAAGUCAGAAGAGUCGGCAGACAACCAGCUUCAGCUAAUCAAUACCCCAAGUAUACUCGAUCAAUAG